AUGGCACAGGCACAGCAGGAUUUUAGCGGCGGGAAGAUGCUGAUGGACAGGAAUGAAACCUGGCUCUCUAAUUUCUCCUCUGCUGCCUCCUCCUCCUCCUCUGCAAGGGGAGGAGUGGGGCUGCAGGAGGUGCUCAUCGGGCUUGUCCUCACCCUCAUCGACGUGGUCACCCUCCUGGGAAACACCAUCGUGUUCCUCUGCCCCGUGGUGGAGAGGAGGCUGCGCACCGUCACCUACAUGUUCAUCAUGUCCCUGGCCAUGGCAGACUUGCUGGUGGCCUGCCUGGUGAUGCCCUUCAGCAUCAUUUACGAGGUGACGGGGAUGUGGCUGUUUGGGAAGCUGUUCUGCAAAGUCUGGAUCUCCUUCGAUGUCAUGUUCUGCACUGCCUCCAUUGUCACGCUGUGCUUCAUCAGCCUGGACAGGUACUGCUCCGUGGUCACCCCCUACCACUACUCCAGAAGGAUGUCCCGUGGCAGAUGCAUCGUGAUGACCUGCACGGUCUGGGUAUAUUCCUCCCUCAUUUCCUUCCUUCCUGUCAUGCAAGGCUGGAAUGAGAUCCCCGGGGUGGACUUUGAUGCGGGCAGAGAAUGCAUCUUUGUCACCAACUGGGUUUUUGCCAUCGUGGCUUCCGCCCUGGCCUUCUUCCUUCCCUUCAUGGUCAUGUGCAGCAUGUAUUUCUUCAUCUACCGCGCCUCCCGCCUCAAGGCCACCCGCAUCAUGUCCCAGACGCUGGAGAUCCACUACCACCCCAACAGCAAGAGGCAGAACCACCUGCAGCUGGAGAACAAGGCCACGAGGACCAUCAGCAUCAUCAUCUCCGUGUUCGUGCUGUGCUGGCUGCCCUACUUCGUGCUGAACGUCUGGCUGGCGGCCAGAGGCACCGACUCCACCAGCACGGUGCUGCUGGGCACCUUCAAGAUCAUCACCUGGCUGGGGUACUGCAACUCCACCAUCAACCCCCUGCUCUACGCCUUCCUCAACAGGGACUUCCAGCACGCCCUCAAGAAGCUGCUGGUCUGCAGGCGCAGGUCUCAGGUGGACGCUGGGGAAGACAUGGUUUCCAUAGCCACGUUUGCCAAGACUGCUCCGGACCUGGAGUACAGCGUGACGGCGCCCAACGGUGCCCCCAAGGGCAAACCCAAGUCCUAG